CCACCAUGAUAAACGAAGAGUUUAAACUGAUGAUUUUCGUUCAGUUCGCAGUGAGCACGCUGACGAUAUGCAUGAAUCUUUACAUCUUAACGGGAACGAAUGUCUCGCUCGAGAUGAUUGUGAAAAUAAUUAUGUUCAGCAGCUGUAUGUUAACACAGAUAUACAUUUUAUGUUGGUACGGCAACGAAGUUGAGCUGAAGAGCCUCGAAAUUUCCAAUAUGAUUUUCGAAAUCGACUGGCUGGCGCUCAAGGAAACCACUAAACGGGACUUGUUAAUGAUCAUGAUGCGCGCGAGAUCUCCCAUACAAAUGACUAGUGUUCACGUGGUGACGAUGAAUCUCAAGUCGUUCGUGAUCUUGUUGAAAACUUCUUAUUCGGCGUACAAUCUGCUGCAAGGUAUGUAGCAGAGGUUAGCGAGCCAAGCAGCAGCUUCUCGCGAGACGAAUAGAGGCACGACCCUUUCAUGGACACACGCAAUGGAGGAAUGUAGAGUAUGUGAGAGGAAUAAACGAAACAAUAAAUAAUAUACAGGAGCGUUACGUUUAUAACGGAACUCUUUCCUCCUUUAUCAUUAAUUUCUCUUUUCUUCUCUCGAAGAAGC